AUGGCAUCUUGGGAGGCUUCCGAAACGUCCAUCUGCCUGAGCGGUGUAAGAGAGCGGAUGCGGGAGAAGAAACACGGCGUCUUGAGGAUUGCGAAGCUGAACGCCUCGCUUGCAUCAAAAAUCAAAAAAAAAAUCAUCAACAAUUCGUCCAUUAUUAAAGUCUCCCUAAAGCACAACAAUAAAGCACUGGCCUUGGCCCUCAAUGCAGAGAAAGCUAAUGCACAACGUCUCACCGAGGAGAAGACUAUGUUACAGAAGGAGGUGGAGCAGUGCCACUUCCAGAACGCCGCAUUGCGGCACAAGCUCUCCAUCCUGAGUCACACCUUGAAAGAAAUUGAAAACCUUAUGGCUACAGUUAAGAUGGCCCAGCUGUCUGAGUCCUAUACAAGUUCUGCAUCCUUGCCCAUUGGCCAGAAGAGCAGUGUGACUGAAGAUAGCUGGGCUGAUGAUAUUGCAGAUGUUCAGCUUGUGAGAACUGCAGGGAUGCCAAUGCGGGUGCCCAUUUCCAAGCUGCAUGAUGCAGGACAGCAAGGUAAUGCCUCCACAGCAGUACAGAUAUCCUCACUAUGUCUUCAGAGACCUGCUGAGCGCCUGGAAGUUGCACCUGUUGCCUCCAAAGACACUUUGCCACCACAACCUGGAGAAGCCUCAGUCCCACCAGGAGGAGAAUGGGAAGAAGCCGACUGA